GUAAAGAUCUACGAGGGUUUCCGUCAAAUGGAAAGAGACAAGAGAGCCCUGGUGACCCGCGAAGUGCAGAUAAUGCGGAAGCUACAGCACGAGAACAUCGUCAAGUACGGGGGUAGCUUUAAUGAGCCACAGGCCUUGUAUAUUGUAAUGCAGCACCUCAGUGGGGGUUCCCUUUAUGGCCUGGUCCGAAGCAACCCCAAAGGUCGACUUUCUGAAGCAAGCGCAAGACGGCUCUUUACAGACGUGGCGAAAGGGGUCGCCUAUCUGCACUCCCAAAGCGUCGUGCAUAGAGACCUCAAGCUCGAAAACAUGCUGCUCGAUGACAAGGGCCGAGUGCGCUUGAUAGACUUUGGCUUCGCGAGUCUCCUGAAACCAGGGGUGAAGUGCAGAAUGGCCUGCGGCACUCCGUCUUAUAUGCCACCUGAGAUCCUGAAGAAGAGCGACUACGAGGGUACCGCCGCAGACAUGUGGUCUCUUGGCGUUGUGCUCUAUGCGAUGCUUCACGGCUGCUAUCCUUUUAAGGGGCAAAAACCCGAGGAGCUCUACUCGAACAUCUCGGCGGGGGAAUACACCGUAUCACAGUCCCUCAGCACCGAAGCGAAAACUCUGCUACAAGGGCUUUUGGUCCUCAACCCGGAAGGUCGCCUAAAGGCCGAGCAGGUCCUCGCCAAUCCUUGGUAG